AUUUAGAGCUGAGACUCCCAAUUGAUUUCCAGUUUCUUUUGUGAAACUUCAAAUGCGCUUUCUUUCAUGGCGUAAAGCCAAACACUUGACUGUUAUUAAGCCCAAAUGUCGAAUCUGUUGUUCUUCAACAGCCACUUUUCCCGCCGUCUUUCAAGACAAAAUUCACAUUACUCGAAAAGAAUUGUCUAAAUUGCUACACCAACGCCCACCUAAAUCUCAACUGAAGCAAAUACAUGCCCAAAUACUCACCCAGGAACUCUCAUCAACUGCUUCUUUAGUUAAUUCUCUGAUUCACUGUUAUCUGCAUAUCAAGGAAGUUACCUCAGCAAGAUUUCUGUUUCUUCACUAUCCUCUGCCUUCACCCCCGAUUCUAAUAUGGAAUCUGAUGAUCAGAGUAUACUGCAAACUCCAAAAUUCUUCAGAAAGUUUCUGUCUUUUUCGCCAACUCUUGAAUUUAGACCACCGCAUUCGGGUUUUUCCGGACGAGUACACGUUCACUUUUAUUGUUACGUCAUGUGCCCAUCAAAAAUCAAUUGUACAUGGAAAAAUUGUUCAUGGGUUGGUGGUGAGAAAUGGGCUUGAAUCAAACUUAUAUGUGGGCAAUUCGUUGAUUAAUAUGUAUUCGGUAUUCAAGAUUACAGAUGAUGCAUACAAAGUGUUUGAUAGAAUAACUGAAAGAGAUGUGUUCUCUUGGACUAGUUUGAUAUGUGGGUAUGCAAAUAAUGGUGAGAUGUAUCAAGCUUGUGAAAUCUUUUAUAAGAUGCCAGUGCGAAACGAUGUUUCUUGGGCUGUUAUUAUAUCGGGUUUUGCUGGAAACGGAAGGUAUAUGGAGGUACUUCUGUAUUUGAAUGAAAUGUUAGGCUCUGUUGAGGAUAAGGUAAGGCCUAAUGAAGCUGUUCUUGUGUGUGCUCUGUCUGCUUGUGCUAAUCUUGGGGCCUUAGAACAGGGAAAUUGGAUUCAUGCUUAUAUUAAGAGGAAUGAAAUUCGUGACAGUUCAAAUAUAUGUACUGCUCUUAUUGACAUGUAUGCAAAAUGUGGGAGAAUAGACAUAGCAAGAUUGAUUUUCAAUAGAAUUCCAAGACCUGAUGUACACAACUUCACUAGUAUGAUAUCAGCGUUAUCAUAUCAUGGGCUUGGUGAGCAAGCCUUAACCGUGUUUAACAGGAUGUUGAAUGAAAAUGUUAAUCCAAAUGAAGUAACUAUUAUAGGGGUGCUUAAUGCCUGUAGCCAUUCAGGUCUGGUGGAAGAGGGUUCUUCAAUCUUCUAUAACAUGGAGAACUUAUGGAGACUUAAACCUCAGAUUGAGCACUAUGGCUGUUAUGUUGAUUUACUUGGCCGUGCUGGAUACUUGGAAAAGGCACUUGGAGUUGUAAAGAACAUGCACAUAAAACCUGAUAUAGUCAUAUGGAGGGCGUUGCUCAGUGCCUGUAGAAUCCAUCGUAAUAUUUUCCUUGGUAACAGCAUUAUAGAUUUUAUAAAGCAGCUUAACUCUGAUGGACCCAGUGGAAGUGAGGUACUUCUCUCUAAUAUGUAUGCAUCUCUAGGCAACUGGGAGAAAGUUUCUGAAGUGAGGAAUGCAAUGGGUCAGAGAAAGACUCAAUCAGACAUUGGAUGUAGCUGGAUUGAGGUGAAUGGUGUUGUUCACGAGUUUCGCGUUGCUGAUAAGCUACACCCACAGAUUUUGGAAGUUCUGAUUAAAUUAAAUGAACUUUGGAUAGUGCUCUCCUAGAAGGCAUUAUUGCUAACAGUUAACACCACGCAUAUGUUCGAGAGAAUGAGGAAGCAGCAGCUUUUCUUGGUGAAAAGCUAGAGUUUAGUGUUUGGUUCCAUGAAUCUGUUUCUGAGACUUAAAUUGGCAUAUGAUGAAGUUACGAACUUGUUGCGACUGCCAAUCAUAAUUGAAGGCCAUUUCUGAAAUUUAUGACUGAGAGAUCCAUUUUUUAUAGGCUGCUUCUGAUUUUUAUACUUUUAGAAGAAGAAUUUUUAUGAUGACUACUCAUAGUAGUCAGUUCCGGGAAAGAGCACUCAUACCUGUAAAG